AUGAGGCUACCCGAAGCAGUGGAGAGCCGAGACCUCGAGGCCGAGAUGCUCGCGCCGACAGGUUCGUCAGAGUCUGAAACGACACCGCUUGAUGAUGCGCCUACUGUGGGCGCGUCGGCAGCUCAAGGGCCGAUCAGUCCCCAGACGUUCGGCCAAUACGCCGAAUAUCUGGCCGCUGUAAAACAGAGCUACGCUACGGACUCGCUAUUUUCCAAGGUCGUAGCGGCUCCUAAAGAGCACCCGCAAUUCGAAUUACGGGAAGGGAUGGUAUACACCAAGAACCGCCUUGGUAACGAGGUGAUUUGCGUGCCCUCCGGAAAGCUCGGAGCGCGUGCGUUGAGAGAGCUUGUGAUUGAUGGUGCGCACCGGGCGAUCGGUCACCUCGGCGCUAACAAGACCUCGGAACGGCAAAGGACGUGA